AAGCUUAAAUGUUUGGGGUGCAAGAAAACCAACUAAAUGGAAACAUUCCAUUUGGGUUCGGGAACCUGAUCAGCUUGGAAGCAUUGAGUUUGAGGAAUAACCACUUCACAGGUAACAUCCCCAAUGACAUUGGAAGGUUAUCUAGUCUAGGGUUAUUGGCUCUUGGGAAAAACGCAUUAUCCGGGAGCAUUCCUUCCUCUCUAGGAAAUUUAACCAUGUUAACCACGCUCCAAUUGCAAGGAAAUAACCUUAAUGGCAGCAUCCCUCGGAGCCUAGGGGAAUGCCGUCAGCUGGUCCAAUUGAAUCUUUCCCGAAAUAACCUUGACGGCGUGAUACCUGAUCCAGUUCUUGGCCUCCCUUCCUUGUCCAAAUAUUUAGACUUGUCUAAAAACCGUUUUAUUGGUUCCCUUCCCAUGGAAGUUGGAAAGUUGAAAAGUCUAGGUGUGCUGGAUGUUUCUGAUAACAUGCUAUCCGGAGAACUUCCUAGCACCCUUGGUAGUUGUUUGGGUUUAGAAGUCCUACACUUGCAAGGUAACUACUUCAAUGGGACAAUACCUUCAUCGAUGGUUUCAUUGAGAGGAGUUCAAGAUUUAGACCUUUCUCGCAACAAUUUCUCGGGUGAAAUUCCACAAUUUUUAGAAAGAUUUUACUUCCUGAGGAAUUUGAACCUGUCUUUCAAUGAUUUUUGGGGAGCGGUACCAACUCAAGGUGUUUUUAAGAAUGCAAGUGCAAGUUCAGUUGUCGGAAACGCCAAUCUCUGCGGCGGUGUUGCUGAUUUCCAUCUGCCCAAGUGCAUCUCGAAAAAUUCCAAGGGGAGAGGACUGUCCUCUAGAUUGAAAUUAAUACUCUCCAUAGUCCCUGCCUUUAUAGGAAUAGCUAUGGUGUUGUUCGUUCUAACUCUCUGUCUGUUAAGGAAGAGAAGCAAAAAAAUUGCAUUACCGAGCACCAACUUGAUGAACUCUAUUUUGCAAGUGUCAUAUAGUACCCUCCUCAAAGCUACCGAUGGGUUUUCUUCAACGAAUCUGAUUGGUUCGGGUAGCUUUGGAUCUGUAUACAAAGGAACUCUUGAUGCUGCUGACGGAUCACCUCAGCUUGUCGCCGUGAAGGUGUUUAACAUGUUACACCAAGGAGCUUCUAAGAGCUUCCUAGCCGAAUGUGAGGCACUAAAAAAUAUUAGGCAUCGGAAUCUUGUCAAGAUUAUAACAGCAUGUUCAAGUGUUGAUUUUCACGGUCAUGAUUUCAAGGCUUUGGUUUACGAGUUCAUGGACAAUGGAAACUUGGAUGAGUGGUUGCAUCCAACUUCUGGAACACAAGAGGAUACACACGCUCCCAAAUAUCUGAAUCUUAUUCAGAGGCUAGACGUUGCGAUUGAUGUUGCUUGUUCGUUGGACUAUCUUCACAAUCAUUGUGAGAUGCCAAUUGUUCAUUGUGACCUCGAACCAAGUAAUGUUCUGUUGGAUAAAGAUUUGACUGCACAUGUUUCCGACUUUGGACUAGCAAGAUUUGUCUUAAAACCAACUGAUAACGUGCCAACAAAUCAUCAAACAAGUUCAAUUGGGAUAAGAGGAUCAGUUGGUUAUGCUGCUCCGGAGUAUGGUAUGGGAAGUGAGGUUUCAACAUACGGAGAUGUCUACAGCUUUGGCAUUCUUUUAUUAGAGAUGUUCACUGGGAAGAGACCUACCGACAGCAUGUUUAGUGACGACUUCAACCUUCAUAACUUUGUGAAGACGGCUUACCUGGAGCGAGCUACAGAGAUUGCAGAUCUGCUACUUCUUCAAGGAGGUGCCAAGGACACUCCCGACGAUCAAUGCGGCUCGAGAGCUCAAAAACUCGAGGAGUGCUUGAGUUUAACAUUCGGAAUUGGGAUUGCUUGUUCUGCUGAAUCCCCAACAGACCGAAAGGAUAUCAGUGGCGUCGCAUCUGAAUUGCGCUCCAUUAGGAACAACCUUCCUGCAUAAGAAGUUUUGUUUUAUAUGUUCUGCAUGAGAUCUGUUGCUAGAUAUAUUCAUAAGGGGUCAAGCUGCUUGAACAUAUGUUGUGUUUACUUUCAUAUGAGCUUAGUAAGUUUAAUACCUUAAAUUAUGUAUAUAGCAAAGUUUCAUUAACUGAAAAACAAUUUAUUAUUAGCUGGUUUUGACUUUGUUGCACAAGCAAGAAGAAGCAUAAAAUGAGACAGUGCAAUUAUAUGGUUUA